CACCUCUAGUUUCAUGUUCAUCUCCCUGCCUUCAGCAUUUAGUGCGCCGAGCUCUUCGGCAAUUUCGACAUGAGAUUAGCGCUGGUGCUGUUUCGGGGCCACGGACCUCCCGGUCUGGUCUUCGCAGGAAAGCAUCGGAAACUAUUCAAGGUGCACGAUAGGCAUCUGGAGAGGCUGAAGAAUGCCCUGGAGAGAGAUGAGAAGAACAUGUUCUACCUUCGUCAUCCCUAUCUGACACAAGAGCAAGACAAAGGCUGGGAGGAGGAGCUGAGGCCUGACUCAGAGAAAACUCUGAGAAGAAAGGAAGCUUGUAAGUUGUUUUUAGAUAGUCGCCUCAUCGAAUCAGACUUCAGUCACCUCCGAAAAUCUGACAAAUGGGAAUGAUGGCAGUAGUGUUCAUUAUACCUGUGAUGAGUUUUUGCUGUAUGUUUGAGCAGUAUGCAAGGUGAAUGUGAUGUGAAUAGAUUUUCCUCAAAAGGAC